GUCGGAAGCUGCAGCCCCGACGGCGCCGAGUUUGCGCCAGCUGCCCCCCGGCCCCGCGCUGCCCCCCGCUCCCCGGCCUCUCCGCAGCAGGGAGGCCACGGCUCGGCCCCCGGCUCUCCGGCUGCCUGUUAACAUCCGCAGGGAAAAGGCCUAGCAGCGCCACGUCGCGCAAACACGGGAGGGAGGGAGCCGCGUCUGCGAGGUCCCCACACGGGUCAGCAGGGAGCGAAAGGCUCGGGGCUCCCUCCCUCCCUCCCUCGUCCCCAGGGGGCGGUGCGCGCGGGGGAGGGGCGCGCGCUCGGAGCCUCCCCCCCCCCCCCCGCCAACGCCCCCGCCCCAGGGUCUGGACUCGCGCUGGGGCUGGUGGGGGCAAGGACGCCUCGACCUAGGGUGACGGCAGGCAUCUCCCGGGCGACGGCUCCGCAACAAGAUGGCGGACGCUAAAGAAAGGGAAGGCCCAGACAUAACCGUAGCAGAGUUCCACAAAAAAAUCAAAGACGCCUUUGAAGUGUUUGACCACGAGGCGAAUAAUACGGUGGAUGUGAGAGAGAUCGGGACAAUUAUCAGGUCGCUAGGGUGCUGCCCGAGCGAAGGAGAGCUCCAUGACCUGAUCGCGGAGGUAGAGGAAGAAGAACCCACUGGAUACAUUCGAUUUGAAAAAUUUCUUCCAGUGAUGACUGAAGUACUCCUGGAAAGAAGAUACAGACCAAUUCCAGAGGAUAUCCUUCUUCGAGCGUUUGAGGUAUUAGAUCCAUCUAAACGUGGGUUUCUUUUGAAGGAAGAACUGAUCAAAUAUAUGACUGAAGAAGGUGAGCCUUUCUCUCAGGAGGAAAUGGAAGAAAUGUUGUCUGCUGCAAUUGAUCCAGAAUCGAAUUCAGUUCAUUACAAGGACUAUAUAGCAAUGAUGGUGAUAGAUGAAAGUUAAGUGCCUUGAAGACUUAAUUUCUAACUGAGAGGCUGAUUUUAAAAAUGGCUUGUCCUUGUGAAUUUCGCAUUUUAUCUUAUAAUUCCUGUAUAUGCUAAUUAAUGCCCAGUAACAACUAUUUCAAGACACUUUGUUCUUUAAAGAUGAUCAUUACGCUGUAAAACACAGAUUUAUUUGGUGUGGUCUAGCCUUAUGGAAUGACAAAUUGCUAAUUAUUUUAAAGCUUGUUCUUAAAACGUUUUAACAUUAUCUGUGGAUCGUUGUUAAUUUCCCGCAAUAAAACUCAGGUGACCUUCAAAUUAAUUAAGCUGAAAAAAUGAAGAAUGACCAGAAUGACCCCAGUUUUGGCAUAGAAGGAUCUUGGAAUGGGGCAGAAUGAGCACAAACUGAAAAUGAGUAGUACCAUGGGGAAAGCCACAAACGACUAAUGCUUUGGCAUCUGAACGUGGAAGGGGCGUGAUUGAAAUAAAUAUUGAUAAUUAAUUGCU